AUGGAGCAAACCAACUGCUGGACGUUGACCAGAACGAAUCUGGGAGGGAUGCCGCAUUUCCCGCCCAUCGCCGCCGCCGUCGCCUCUUGGGAGGAGAAAGCCAUCGCAGACGACCCGGCCAGCCACUUGGGGGAAUACGCCUGGCCUCCACGGUCUUACUCUUGCAGCUUCUGUGGCAGAGAAUUCCGGUCGGCGCAGGCGCUCGGAGGCCACAUGAACGUACACCGGCGAGACAGAGCCAGACUCAAGCAGUCCUCCGCCGGUCAUGAAGAGAAGGGGCGCCUUUUCUUUCGCCAGCAGCAGCAUCACCUUCAGAAUUCAUUUUCUAAGUCAAGAUGUACCCCAUAUGCAGUCGUUGCACCACCUCGCUCGCCCUCCCUAGACAACUGUGGCGACCACAAGAUGCUCUCUCUUUCCUACUCCUCGCGGCUGGUGAAAGAAGGCCAUACAGGAUCACCCUGCUCUAUCACUAGCCCUCAUGAAAAACCAUCGGCUGUUCAAAAACUGAGAUUCGAGGGUAAGACUAUGAAGCUUAACGAGAUGGACAAUGGGGAGAAGAGAAAUGCAGAAAACGAUGCGGGAGUCGUCGGUAGUGGCAAGCGGAGUAGGUUUGAGGUGAGCUUCCCUUUCAUUGUGGGAUCAUCAUUCCCGUGUGACGGGAGUCCUCACCAAUCUGAUGUACGUCGGCUUAGUACUAGCUCCUCAUGCGAGGAAGUCGACCUCGAGCUUAGGCUUGGAUAUCAGCCUGAAGUUAAGUAG